UCACACACACACACACUUUUUUCUUUUUGGUUUUGCAGUAUUUCCCACCCUCAGGCAGCUGAGCAAGUUUCCACUGGGAGUGUUUGCAUAGUCGUUCCCCCUCUCCGUUUUCUCCAUUGCAUCCGGACCCUCAGCAGUAAACGAGUGCAGACAAAGAAAGGACUCCAUCAUGAUGUACCCGAAAUUUUACCUACGGCUUUUUACUUUCCUGGCAGUAAUAACUCUACUGGCUCUUUCAGAUGUAUCCAGCGAGAGCACCCUGCACAAACUUCUGAAGAAGAGAGAAGUGGACGGUGAGGUGAAGGCAGCAGAGGCUGUGGUGGUUCCUCCCUCUAAGGCUAAGCAGUUCCUGGCUUCUCUCAGAAGGCCUAAGCGGAACCUGUGGGAUCGUAGCCGUCCUGAUGUGCAGCAAUGGAUCCAGCAGUUCAUGUACCUGGGGUAUGAUGAGGCGAGACUCGAGACCGACCUGGCUUACUGGAAGGAUCAAGCGCGCUCCACAGAUCAAGGACGGCAGCAUCACUAUGAUGAAAACGCUCCCAUGGGUCCUCGUUACUCCACCUCUUACAGACACGGAGCAAAUGUCAACUAUGACUACUAUUAGCUCUCUUUUCUCCUCAGGAAUGACCUCACCAAAGUCAAUUAAGUGAAUGCAGUUCUGUGGACGAGCAGAGCCCCUUUCUCACAAAGCCAUUCCUGUAAAGCUGCUUUGAGACCGUGUCCAUUGCUAAAGGCACUAUAAAAAUCAAAUUGAAUUAAACUGAACUACAUAAUAAACAAAUCCUUACAGAUUUAAACGACAAGGUUUCUCAAAGGACACAAAUAGCUGCAAAGAUCUUCACACUGAGUCCAGAGCAGUAAUCAGUAGCAACUGUAACAGCAAUAUAAUCAAUACUAACAGCUUCAUCUUCAGGGAACACAUCUCUCUCUCAUUGAACAAAAACAAGCAAGGAUUCAAAGCAAUUAGUAGAUAAGACAUUUUUCGAAAAAUAAGUAAAUAAAACCAGCUCCUGCUCAGACGCCUGAGUUUAAAGUCCACAAAACUGCAUUUACUUUGCAGUGUAAUGCUUUUAUGUUUUGUGUGCAUGCAUUUCUGUUCACUUAGUCAGUAGUCAGGUGAUAUUAUGUACAGCAAUAAAAAAAAAAAAAAAAACCCCAAGAACAAAUAAAACUGGAUAUCAGGCUUA